GCUGGGAACCCGGGACUCGCCUCCGAGAGCGGCGGCUGCGGCUCCGACGAAACGGGGCGGGGCCUCAGCGCCGGCUCGGAGCGACCGAGAGCGGGGCAGGAAAAGCGCCCGGAACCUGCGCGCCCGGCGGCGUCCCCCGUCGGAGCUAGUGCGAGACGGCGACUUCCGCUUCCGGGGCCGGCGCGUCUGGACGGAGCGGGGUAGCGGAGCGGCCAGAAUGUGUUGAGAUGUCGAAGUCACAAACUCCUGCUGAUAGGACAGCGUAAUGUUUUUUUAAGAGAGGACACUUAAGUGUCACUUUUUCUCCUCCAGCCCUUCUUUCUUUCACUCAACAUGGGGCAUGGACAUGAACAUGGUCAUGGGAAAAUGGAAUUCCCUGACUAUAGACAAUGGAAGAUAGAGGGUACUCCGCUAAAGGAUGUCCAAGAAAGACUGGCUAGGCGGGGUCUUAGAGAUCCAUGGCUUCGCAAUGAAGCAUGGAGAUAUAUGGGUGGCUUUGCAAAACCUGUCACUGUUAAGGAUGUUCUCACCAAAGGUUUCAAGUGGGGAUUCGUAGCCUUUGUGGUAGCACUUGGGAUCGAGUACACACUGUUUCCUCCGAAGAAAAAUGGAGGACAUCACUGAAAAUGGAAUAGUAGAACUUCUCAAAGUCAUUUACACAGUUCUAAAUUAAAACAUGUUGUACAAUAGCUUACUGAUUUUGUUGCACGUGUAAAGAUGCCUAUUAAAAUUUCUCAUUGGCAAGAGA